GGACGGAAACGGUCAAAACGCUACACAAACUUCGCAUUUGCACUGCGUUAUUGGCAGUGUCAUCAUAUUUCUGCUGGAAGUUGUUCUGGUGGAGCCAUGGAGGCUAUGUUAAAGAGAGAGCUGGGGACGGGCAUGCUGAAGCCAGCUGGUCGCGCAGCAGGUGGAUGUAUCAGCGAGGGCCAGAGUUAUGAUACUGAUACUGGAAGAGUGUUUGUGAAGAUAAAUCACAAGAGCCAGGCCAAAUUGAUGUUUGAUGGGGAAAUGGCCAGUUUGGAAGCCAUUUUGAAGACAGAAACUGUAAGAGUCCCCAAGCCUGUGAAGGUGAUUGAACUUGACAGAGGAGGAUGUGUAUUUGUGAUGGAACAUCUGGACAUGCGAGGUCUUACCAAGUAUUCAAGCCAGCUAGGGGAGCAGUUGGGAGAUCUGCAUCUUCACAACAAGAGACAGUUGGAAAAAUUAAAUAAAGAGCAGCAGACUGUGGGAAAAGGGGCUGGGCAGUCGGAGGUGGCUUUUGUCGAAAAAUUUGGGUUCAGUGUAACUACAUGCUGUGGAUAUCUACCACAGGAAAAUGAAUGGCAGGAUGACUGGGUGACAUUUUACUCCCGGCAUAGGCUGCAGCAUCAGCUUAACAUUGUGGAGAAAUCUUAUGGAGACAGGGAGGCCAGAGAACUAUGGGCCAAGCUACAGCUGAAGAUCCCUCAGUUUUUCGCAGAUGUGGAGAUUGUCCCCGCUCUCCUCCAUGGAGACUUAUGGGGAGGCAAUGUGGCAGAAUGUGUAGAAGGCCCAGUCGUCUUUGAUCCUGCUUCCUUCUAUGGCCAUUCAGAGUUUGAGCUGGGAAUUGCAGGGAUGUUUGGUGGCUUCAACAGCUCUUUUUACUCUGCUUACCAUGACAAAAUUCCUAAAGCACCAGGCUUUGCAAAGAGAAACCAGCUUUACCAACUUUUCCACUAUCUGAAUCACUGGAACCACUUUGGUGGUGGCUACAGAGGCUCUUCAAUAAGGAUUAUGAAGGAACUACUGAAAUAACUGCACUCACAGCCGCCUGUAGAAAGCUUUACAGUCUUAAACUUAAGCCAAGCGCUAUGUGUAUAUAUUGACAGACAUUAAUAUGACCAAUUAUAGUGUUGCUAAUUGUUGAAGAAACUAGACAUUACAUUCUUACAUUGCAAUGUCUGUUAUUGUGCAGAAAUUACAGAGUCAACAAGACCAUGUAUUCUGUCUGCCCCACCUACACUACACUAACCUGCCUCCAAAAAAACAGAUUCCAUAGAACUUAUCUUAAAUUAUGUAAUUAUAUUUUUUUAGAAUGACUUGUGUAUAUAACCAUGAAUCCCAAAAUGCAAUACUAUUAAAAAAGGGAAAGGCUUAAUCCACACCAAAAAUCUCAGCUCUGGACAAACUUAAAACUAACAUUUUAUGCAAGUGGAAGAGCGAGCAGUGCAUUUGAGGUAGACUUCAUUGGGCUUGUGAAUUGGGAGAACAAAUGUUUGUAUGGCAAGUCCUUUCUGAACUUUUGAAUCUUUUGCAUUGCCUGUGUUUGACCAGUGCACAACUGAAUUAUACUGCUGCGCUAAGGACAUCUGAUUUUCUCAGUGACUGCAAUACUGUACACAUCACCUACAUUAUAAUAGCCUGACUGUUGAUGUUGCUGUGUGGCAUUGAAUCCUUGCAAUAUCUGCUAUCCACUAACCAGCAAUAAAUCUUGGGUUGAAGCAAA